AGUUACUGCAUCUAAACACAGUGCCUGUCUCACGUGUGGGUAAUUAACGUGAAGCUGCCCGGUGUGUGCCGGGGGUCGGUAGGUGCUGCUUAACUGCAUAUUAAGGUUGUUGCAGGCAGCUGCGGCCUUCCCGUGUGACUUAACCACAGCAGCCCUUCAAGGCCAGCUGGGCAAUGGCUGGGCCUGAUGCUGGGCCCGUGGGCUAGGGCUGGCCUGCAGCGUGAGGGCUCCUGCCGGUCGCUGUGCCUGGCAGCUCCAGGGAAUGAAGUGGGCCUUGCCCAUCUGUCUCUGCCUGUGCGUGUCAGGGGCAGGGCAGGUCAGGGGCACAGGGGACAGGGAGGUCACAGGAACGACCAGCGUGCGAAUCCGCCCUGGCCUGUGCAUGCGGUGACAGUCUUGGCCACAGGAGCCUCUUGUGUAUCCUGUCACGCGUCACCUGCCUGCACUUCAGUCAGGUCUUGCUGUCUGGACAUCCUGCUUGCCCCUCACUGGGUGCGAACGAACGAAGGAGGAGGAUCGAGGACUCAGGAGCUGAGCUGCCCCUCUGCCUUCCUAGAGGGGCCUCCUGUCACCAGCCGCUGCUGCUCCCACGGAGCUCUCUGUCCUGGAGUCUUCAUGGACAUCCGAGCUGCUCCCAAAGUCAGCACAUUCCAGGUGUCACCCGGCGGAAUGCGUCAAAACCACAGGUUGAUUUUCAAAGCCAAAUCAUCGAAGAUAGAAAAGGAUCAGAGCCAGGAGGGCUGUCCUCUUCCCCACUACGUCUGGCAUCCCGACAGAGCAGGGGCGACUCCUGUGUCCGCAGCCGCCCCAGGUGCCCCAGCUGCUGUCCACCUCGGUCACGCUUCUGCAUGUAUCUCCGUCUUAGCGGCGUCACUACACCGCUGGCUUGCCUGGUCCCUGGCCCUGCUGCAGCCGCCCACCCCGGAUUCUGAGCCCAUUUACAGCAGGGCAGAUAAGGGUUCACGGGACAUGGCUGGGGCUGUGUGGGGGACCCAGGAGCUGGAGCAGCCCCGCAGUGAGUGACGGGCAGUGGAGGGGUGGCCUGUGGCACACUUGAGCCCCUUUAUGUGCUCAACCCUCAGUUCAGCAGACAGGGUGGCCUGGUGGGUGCACAUGCACACCCCAAGGUCGUCGGGCUGCAGAUCAGGGCUCCCCUGCCCUGCCGGACUUUUCCUGCAGGCUGUGAUCCCUGCGGUCUCCUCUGCUGGCUGGGCCUAGUGAGCAGGAGAAGGGGUAGAGCACAGCACGUCACGUCUCAACCCUCGAGCUGCCUCGAGCUGCGUCGUUCUGGGCCCUCUGGAGGGGUGGCCUCCUGCCGGCACAGCCUGAUGUGCACGCUCGACCAAGGCUGACCAGUGGUGCGGACGCAGGCCUGGGAGGUUACGCCUGAGGCUGUCUGGACAAGUUCUGCCCUGUCACUGUCACAUGGGGACACCUGUGCGCUGUCUGGGGCCAUACAUGACCCCGCCUGGCUCUGCUGUUGCCCAGUUCAGCGCUAAUAACCACUCUCAUACAUAAGGAAACUGCGGCCCGAGCCCCACAUUUGAACAGUGCUCUCAUGUUUGGGGCCCGGCUCUGGCCCAGGCAUUGUGAUCCCCUGCCAGUGCCCCCGCUCCCACCUGGAGCCCACCCGUGUCUGAGAGCACAGGAGGCAGCAGGACCCCAUAUCCCAACCUGGAGGCCAUGCACAGAACCCAGUGGAUCCCCAGACGAGAGUGCCUGCCUGAAUCAGGGUGCCCUGCCCAGGAACCCAGAGAAAACCCUCCUGUCUCAGCCUAGCCAGCCAGUGGUACCUUUUGUAGAAAUCAUCUUUGUGUACAUGGGGAAUAUUCCCCCCCCCCGUUAAAGCAACCAGACUCUUUUCUGUUCCUUCCCUGAGUUUGCUAUUAAAGAUGCAAUUUCCCAACACAGAUCAAGUAUUGUUCCCCAGACCAAGUGGGAAAGAGCAAGAAGUGGGGUGAAUGCAGGGUGGACGUGGUGGCAUGGGGUUCAGGUCCCAGCUCCUCCGCUCUCCACUCCGUGGCCCUGGCUGGCCGCUUUCCUGUUCUGAGCCUCGGUUUCUUCCAUUGUGAAGUGGGAUCCUUCCAUCACCACCGACUGCCUUGGGGUGGUUACAGUGGCCCCGUCCCCUCAUACUCAUGUGUGACCAGGUCUGUCCAAUACCACCUCCCGAAGGCAGAGUCUGGGCCUGCCCCGUUUGGCCAUCAUGUCCUACAGUGCAGCAUGGGGCCUGGCACGUGAUAAACCUGGACAGAUGGCGUUAGUUGGCAACUGAAUAGAUGCUCUCAAGCAAGACCAUUACAGUUUGGGAAGUCUGGGCUUGAGCAGGCCUGGGGAAGUCUGUCUCAGGGUACUCUGCUGACCACACAGAGAGCCCAGCCCCCACCGGAGAGGCCAAGCUGCUCUGAGGACCGGGGCAGCCACACUCACUCCCCUGGGACGUGCAGGGGUCUCACUGACCCACAGUGACUGGGAAGACACUGCUUUGUCUGUGCCUCUGGGGGUGGUGUUGACAGGUGUGAACUUGGAGCGGAUGUCACUGGCUGGGCUUGUGGUGGAGGGCUGUCAGGUCCAGCAGGGAAACACACCAGUACCCAGCUGGUACUUAUAGUGGUGGAUGUAAGCGUUUCCCAUGCAAACUGAUUUGUAGCUCAUCAGAAAUCCUUUAGCUUUUUAUGGGGCGAGUUAUGAGAACCAGCUGUCAGACUGACCUCUGAGCUCCUAGCUUUCUACCCAGAAGCCAAGCUGGGUCCCCUGACUCACCCCAUUUUCAGCAACCAGGAGGCUUGUGUCACCAGAGGUGGCACAGUGGGUGACCAUCUGGAGCCCCACAGCCCAGGGAUAGUAGUCGUCUCAGGUAUGAGAGCACCUGUGACCCAGAGCUGGGAGCAGGCUUGGGGCUCUGUCCUGAAGACAGUCUUGGGGGUCCCCAUGAGUGAGAGGCAUGUGUGGAGCCUCUGCACACGUCUUUACCAUCAGCCUGAUGCCGUGGGCCCUGAAUGGUGCUGUUAUUAGCAAUUAGUUGCAGUUGCUAAUUGCUUGUGACUAUCCAGUUCUGGAAGCCAGGGGACAGAAGCCACUUGGCUGGCCCCUCCCGCAGCUGGCCGUGCCCGAGGGCCACCAUCCAGAAGCCCUGGAGGGGACAUCUGGGGCCUGGCAGGCUGGAGGUCACUCGCAGAAAUGCAAGCUGCCCCUGCUCCUGGAGUCAGUGGAGAGCGCAGGACAGACACACGGGGCUCUGUUGAAGACACUCGGCCCUGGGGGACAAUCCUCCAGCCUCUGCCACCACUUCCCGUCCCUCGGGGGCAGCCCUGCCUGUUUGGGGGCAGUGGAGGAUUUCUGUAGGAGAUGAGGCUUUGUCACUACGCUGCCUGCCUCAUUCCUUGACCCAAACAUGCCACCCAGUGUCACCUGGUGGGGCUGUCCCUCCUGGCAGCACCCUCUCCCUGGGCCCUGGUGCCUGGGGGCGGGGACCGCCUGGCAUUCCCCAGCCGCCUGCCCAGUCGCCGGGAGACCGUGCUGCUUUCCCAGGCCCGGCCCCUUUUAUCAGGGGGACAAUGUGCGCACACAGUGAGGGCCUUGUGCGGCACCCAAGCCCCGAGCCCCUUUGACUUGAGGAAUUUUUCAAGCACUGACCCCGCUCCGUGAGGUCUGCAGUCGUCCAAUCGAAGGGCUGGUGCCCUGCUCGUCGUUCCCAGCUGACGGGGACAGAGGGCAGGAGGGGGACGCUGCAGGGCUGUUACCCCGCCUAGCUGCAUCUUGGGGGGAGCAUCCCCCUCAGAAAGGGGUGAGGAAACCUGGGGGAAGUUCCCGAGCGGAAGAGCUGUGGGAGAAAGCCCGAUCAAUCGUGUUAUUUCUUGCUGACUUCUUUCUCCUCGCCCCUUCCUAAGGGGUGUGGCGGAUGCCUUGGGAUCUUGGGGACAGGAGGCGCUGUCUCUCUCGGCCUCUGUCUCCUUGUAUACAGGACAGUGAGGAUGGAUUGAGACCCUGACCCCAGAGACGUCUCCAUCAGGACAAUGAGCAGACCC